GGUCUUAUCGGGGUCCAACUGCUUACCGCUACUACUCCCCUCCCACAAAGCCACCGCGACGCUGCACGACUCCUCUCUCUCUCCUCGACCUCGACCUCGACCGGAACGCCUCUCGCCGGCGGCGGCGGCGGAGAUGGCGAUGCGGCACCUCAUCACCGGGCAGGGCAACUGCGCGCCGGACGGGGCGUCGUCGUCCAACCCCUUCGGGAACCUCGCCAACGCCAUCUUCGGCCAGUCGUCCAAGGCGCAGUCAAUAAAGGAACUUCCAGGGUCUGCAGUUAAUGUUCCAACAACAUCUGAAUUAGGGACAGCUGCUCCCUUAUCGACCAUCCCUGGUUCAGAGAAUGAGUUCAAGCAAGAUCAACUGCCACUUGCACGGGGCGCUGAUUUCAUCCGUGGGGGUCCUUCUCAUGAUUGGGUUGAAUCUUUUCGGCCUCCAGGACUCCCAGAAUUUGCUGUGCCAGAUGCACAGCUUAAAGAAUUUGAGCAAAUUUUUAACAGCACAGGGCCAACCUUUGGACCACCAGUCAUGGAUGGUCCACCACAAAGGGUCUUAUCUGGUGUCCUACGUUCUUUCCUAGCAAGUGGUCAAGCUGGUGUGCCAUUUCAACCUGUUCCAGUACCAGCGCUUGGUUUGUCUGAAAGUGACAAGCAAUGUAUACGUGAUCGUAGUUGCAUUAUGGCACGCCACAUUUUGGCUGACCAGCCUGAAGAAUAUAUCCAAGCACAGGUAAACACAUUGCUGCAUUCACUUGAUAUCGACAGUAAUUAUCGAAUGAAAGGACCCAUGCACGGACCAUACCCAGAGAUGGAGGAGUAUUGGAAUCAGUCCCAAAGCGCCAUGAGAUCUGGUCCAAUGCACAAUGCUGCAGACAAAUGGAUAACUGAGUUUGGCAAGCAAAAUAAUAACCCUGAAGAGUGGGCUCAUUCUUUUGAGCAGCAAUAUGGUUCCAAUGGUUGGGCCUCUGAGUUUGAACAGCAUCAAUCUCAGAUGGCCAUGACAGGAGGAAUGAAUAUGGCAAACCUGGCAGCCAUGGAACAAUCUCGUAUGCUUGCACAGACAUUAGCUAGUAAUAAUGACCCAAAAUUUCAGGUCUGUAGAAUACCACUCAAUAUAGAACACUCAAUGGAAGAGAACUCUAAGUUCUUCCAGUUUGUUUCAAAGAUGAGCCGUGGUGAACUUAUUAUAGAAGAUAAUCAAGUAAAACAAGGUUCAGCAUCCCAAUCCAGUGGCUGGGCUGAUGAAUUUCAAACCCAGUACAAUGCUAAUGCAAACUCUUGGGCGGAUCAGUUUGUUCAUGAAGAGAUGUCACAAGGAGCAGAUAAGUGGGCUAGUGAGUUCUCUACUGAGUAUAAUCAGGGUGGCCUCAACGAGAACUGGAUUGAUGAGUUCUCCAAAAUGCGUGUUGACGAUGAAUGGGCAGAAGAGUUCAGUGGAGGAACAUUUGGUGAAAGCUCUGCUGAUCCAUGGGUAGAUGAGUUCCAGAACCAAUUAUCAGCUUCCAAACAGAAUUCUGGUGCAUCUCGAGGAGUUUAUGUUUUUUCAGACAUGAACCCAUACGUUGGUCACCCUAAUCCAAUGCAGGAAGGCCAGGAACUGUUCCGCAAAGGCCUCCUAAGUGAAGCUGUUCUUGCUUUAGAGGCUGAAGUUUUGAAGAAUCCUGAUAAUGCUGAAGGUUGGAGACUACUUGGAGUAACACAUGCUGAAAAUGAUGAUGACCAACAGGCAAUCGCAGCAAUGAUGCGUGCACAAGAAGCUGAUCCAACAAACCUGGAAGUUCUUCUUGCACUUGGUGUCAGUCACACGAAUGAGUUGGAGCAGGGAGAAGCAUUAAGAUAUCUUCAUAGGUGGCUUCAGAAUCACCCCAAAUAUGGGGGUAUCGCCCCUCCACAGCCAACUGAUUCACCUUAUGGUCCUGAUGUUAUUAGAUUGUUUAAUGAGGCUGCCCAAAUGUCACCUGAGGAUGCUGAUGUCCAUAUAGUUCUAGGAGUCUUGUACAACCUAUCAAGAGAAUAUGAUAAAGCUAUAGCUGCUUUCAAGACAGCGCUGCAGCUGAAACCACAAGACUAUUCUCUCUGGAAUAAGCUAGGUGCGACCCAAGCAAACAGCAUCCAGAGUGCUGAUGCAAUAUUGGCCUAUCAACAGGCUCUGGACUUAAAGCCCAAUUAUGUGCGUGCAUGGGCUAAUAUGGGGAUUAGCUAUGCCAACCAGGGAUUGUAUGAAGACUCUAUUCGAUACUAUGUACGGGCGGUUGCUAUGAAUCCAAAAGCUGACAAUGCCUGGCAGUACUUGCGGAUUUCUCUUAGUAACGCUUCACGAGCUGACAUGAUCGCUGCAUGUGAUUCACGCAACCUUGACGUUCUUCAGAAAGAGUUUCCCCUGUGAGUCCAAACAUUCUAGGCAUUGCACUUGCUCCUCAGGCCCGCCCCCAUGAUAAAGGGUACAAGGAAGUAGAGAACUAGCGAAAUGGGGGCUGCACAUUUUGGAAUGAUGAAAGUGCAAAAUGGCAGUGGCCGUUGUGUUGUGGUUUUCGGUUCGUGUAUACGAAUUGUUCAUUUUAACAAGGCGCGACAUGUAUAUAAAAUUCAAGAUGGGCACCCAUUCUUCCGUAGGUGUGGGAAACGCAAAGCAGAAGGCAGUUGUCACAUGUAAUUCUGUACACAGAGAGGGAAAGAAUAAAAGAAUAUCGAACGAAUAUGUCAAAAGGAGGCAACACGUUCUUGUAAUUUUCUACAGAAAAUAAAGUGGUAGCAGGUUUCACUGUUUCAGCA